GAGGAGGGGUUCGGCGGCCCCAGGGCAGGAGGAGGGGGCUGCAGCUAGCAGUCGCCGGGCGGGGCAGGGGGAACCUGGCUCGGCGCGGGAAGGCAGCGGGGCGCCCUGCACCCCGACAGUGCGUGGGAGGGGCAUCCCCGCCCUAUCCCACGGGGGAAGCGGGGUUGGGGCAGAAUGAGGAACGCCCCCCCCCGCCCGUUCUGCUGGGGUUCUACUGCAGGAACUGCAUCAGUGAUGAAUUAUGGGUCCUGUAGAUGAAGCCCUAAUGUUGUAAGGCAAACAUGGCAAUGAAUUUUCAGGACCUCUGGGCUUUCUGGAACUCCCAAUCAGUUCAGUGGUUUGAGCAUUGACCUGCUAAACCCAGAUAUGGGAACAUGGCCACUAAGAAAUUAAGAAGAGCAGGGUUAUCUCAGGAACUUUGUGACAGGCUAAGUCGGCAUCAGAUCAUUACCUGUCGGGACUUUCUGUGUCUUUCACUCUUGGAGCUAAUGAAAGUGACCGGGCAAAGUUAUUGGAAUGUACAGAAGCUUCUUUGCAAAGUCAGCUUAGCUUGUGCUCCCAAAAUGCAGACUGCUUAUGAGAUGAAAAUGAAAAGGGCUAUCAAUCCAUCCUCAGCCUUCUUAUCCACUACUCUAGAUGGUUUGGAUAAAGCCCUGCAUGGUGGAGUGGCCUGUGGAUCCCUCACAGAGGUAACUGGCCCAUCGGGUUGUGGCAAAACUCAGUUUUGUCUUAUGAUGAGUGUACUGGCUACUCUGCCUAUCAGCAUGGGAGGACUAGAUGGGGCUGUCAUAUACAUUGACACAGAGUCUGCAUUUGGUGCUGAAAGGUUGGUUGAGAUAGCAGAACACCGUUUCCCUAAUUAUUUUGGCACAGAAGAAAAGUUGUUUUCAAUGACCCGUAGCAUUCAUCUCUAUCGGGAGCUCACCUGUGACAGUGUGCUGAAAAGGAUUGAGACUUUGGAGGAAGAAAUCAUUGCUAAGAAGGUUAAGCUUGUAAUAAUUGACUCUGUUGCUUCGGUGGUCAGAAAGGAGUUUGAUAUGAAACUUCAAGGAAACCUGAUGGAGAGAAGUAACUUUCUGGCUAGAGAAGCAUCGUUAUUGAAGUAUUUGGCUGAGGAAUUUUCAAUACCAAUCUUCCAAAUAUUGUUUCAAAUAUUGGCUAAUUUCAGCCCAACUAUGAUCACUGCAUUGUUCGUUAGCAUUGGCUCUGGACCUGUUCUAGAUGAUAGUUCUCACCUACUUGGCUUCAUCAAGUGCAGAGAUAAUGCACUGCAGCAGAUCCAUCAGGUUAUCUUGACAAAUCAGAUUACCACACGGCUGAGCAAUGGCCUUGAUAUCCAGGCAGACCAGGUGUCUCCAGCUGAUGACUUGUCCCUGUCUGAAGGCAUUCUGAGGGACAUUUUGACACCAGAAGAGGAAACCACCUUGAGGAGAGAAAGCUACUCCCCCCACUCUGUCCAUGAGCUGGAGACUCCAUCCACCAUUACUGACAGUAGCACCAGUGGAUCAGGUUCCAACCUUCUUGUCAGCUGAAUGUGAUAUCCAGAAUGAACCAUCAACUCAACAAAGAGAGAUUAGCGUGGACAGCGCUUCUUGACUAUCUUGGACCUAUCCUCCACCCAGACAAGAUUACCUUCCAAGAUAGCUCUGGUAGCCAGUGCCCUUGGGGUCCUCCCCAACCAGCCUUUGAACGAUCAUACUGGCCCUGUUGGGGUCCAUGGGAUCCCUGUACACAGCACUCUGGAUCUGUGCAAGAGUCUCACUGGACCUCUUCCCCUAGACAACAGCAACCAGGUCUGUCAGGAGCCAGAUCCAGUGGUACCGAUGGUACUGACAGACAUAUCAUUCUCAUCUGAUGAUGCAGUUGCCCCAACUUUGUCAUUGCUGUCGGAUGAUCACCGGCAAUAACAAGUACCAUAGGCGAUGAGUAGGUGGGGGUCUAAUGAGGGGUAAAGUGCACCCCCCACUCAGAUUUUUGCUUGGCCUGCCAAUGGAGGGAGAGGGGCUCUCUUCUCUUGCAGCACCUGCCCCCUGGCAUGCUUGGCCCCUGUACCUGGCAGCUGGGCCUGGGCAGGGAGCAGAAGGGGCAGGACCAGCCACUUCUCAGGCCAGUCGCUUCUCAUGCGUGCAAGAGCCCAGCUGGGGAGGUGGCAGCAGCCUUCCCUGUCUGCUUCUCACCUGGGACUGGCUGCCGGGGACAGGGGCCGAGAGAGCGGGAACCCACUCUCCUCCCCAGCCAGGUUCUCCUAGGCAGCCUCCACGCUGCACAGGGCAGUUACCUGGAGUGGCCAGCUUCAGCUGUCAUGAACAGUGGCUCUGUCCCACUCCACACCUGGGCCUGGCUGCCAGGAAGAGCGGCCAAAUGAGUAUCAGAAAGUGCAAGUCGUCUAUGCCAAGUACUCUUGCAGAAGGUGACUGUUGAACCUAAAAUCCCACUUUAGGAAAUUCAUGAUUACUGAUACAUAAGCUCCUGGACAUCCUACAGCCCUCGGGACCCAAUCAAGUCGCUCUCCCAGUAAACGAGGCAUCAUGGAACCAGCCAGAGUGGUGUGGCACACACCUCUAUCAUGCAUCCCAGUCCCCAAAAGACCUGAAACACAAUUCUUCAUACCUGCAAAAGGGGCAGAAUUUUUGUUCACCCACCCUACCCCCAACUCCCUAGCAGUAUAAGAAGAUGCAGAAAGAUCCACGCAAGAACACCCCAAGACCACCCCUGCGGACAGGGCACCAAAUGACUUGAUCUUAUAGAAAGCAAGGUGUUCAUAUCCACCAGCCUCCAGUUUAAAAUUACUAACUACCAGGCCCUGUUAGUGAAGUAUGAUUUUAUGAACUAGUCAAAAUCAUGCUUCAACCACCAUUCCAGAGGACAUGAGUCCAUGUUGAUGACAGGUUCUGCUCGAUAACAAUCCAAAGCAGUGCGGACCGACGCAUGUUUAUUUUAGUAA